GAAAAUUAUUACAACUGAUAGGGGUGACAGGUGAUUUGAGGAGCCAAAAAGAAAAGAGAUGCUGCUUAUCUUUUUGGUGGCAGCAAACAACAGCGGUACCAGCAUAUUACUCCUACUAGCCAUCAUGUUAAACUGUGCCUGUCAUGGGUUCUUUCUUCCAAGCGCGAACAUUGAUUUUUGAAAGUCAGGCGUGAUUACGAAGGCCUCCAGAUCCGCGCGUUAUCUGGCGUUAACACACUACAUACUAUACCAAUGGAUUCAUUUGUUCCUGUUCCUUCUUUCGAUUCCGAGAAAUUGGCCAACUCCACACUUAUUCUGCCCUCGGUUUCCAUCGGCAAUGUUCCGCAACUGACGUGCGAUCUCUUGAUUCAUACACUUCAACCCGAACGCGUCGGAUUUAUUGCGAAUGAAGCUGUCAUGCCUGUUGCAGGCGCUCGAGAAGACAGACCUGGCGCUUCACUGGCUGUUGAAGUAUUCCAGACCAAAGACCAACAAUGGACCAUGGUACAACAGCGAGCACCCACAAUCAAAGGCACGCGACGUCAAUAUAUUCGUGACCUAGUUGCAUUUAUCCAGAAAUACCGGUUUUCUCGAGUCAUUGUUUUAACAAGUGCCGACGCAAGUAUGCGAACAGAUUUGCAGAUCACUGGAAUUCCAUUCCGAUUUCUUGGUUCUCCAGUAAAGGGCGUUUCUGAAUUGGAAAGUGAAGAGUUGCUCCAUGGUACUGGAAUUGGCAAAUCACUCUAUAAGGCAUUAAAUGAAGCACAAGUGCCAACUACCAUGAUUGUCAUGUUUGCUCUGGAAGGAGAUAAUGUUUCUGACAGCUUUCAUUUGGCUGACGUCUUCAACACAGCAACUGAGAUCCGCUCAACAAAAGGACCAUGGACACCGCCCAAAAGCUGGGAUCAUCUCUUUGGCGCACCAGUGAAUCAAGACCUGUAUCAAUAAAAAAACAUCAAUGAGAAUAAUAAUAAUACCAAUAAAAAAAAGAGAAACUCUCAAUCUUCGCUUGGUUGUUGACCACCACGAUGACCCGAGCUAUUGCAUUAUUGUCUGCCGAGUCUCGGUGUAACACAAAAGCUCUAACUUUUUAUUGUGCAUGAAG